AAGUUCUUGAAUUAACCUCGCCUCGUUCUACAAAGUCACCUACUAUUUUUGAGACCUUAACUAAGUCAGGUAUUGAUUGGUGUAGAUACUGUGGUACUACUGAGGGUGUCAACUGGAGACCUGGUCCUUGGGGAAAGCGAACCUUGUGCAAUAAACAUGGUUGUGAUUAUAAAGGUUAUGGAUUCGCAUGCAAACUUCCUCGUUUGGACUUGAAAGAUUUUAUUAAUGAGACCGUUGAGGAACGUGAACGUCCGGUCUUGCAACUUUUUUGCACAAUAUGCCAGAAACAAGAUUCUUUUGUUAAUAACGUUCUUGUUCGAUGUGAAGGUUGUCCUAAAGCAUUUCAUCAAAAAUGUUAUACGUCUCACAUCGAUGAUGAAACUGUAAAGGGUACCGAAGCUUGGUAUUGUGAAAAAGGAUGCCAAGAAAAUUUGCGAAGAAAACGAAUCG